UGACUUUAUUGACAUUUCUAAUAGGAUAAUUUUACUCGUAAAAUUAAAUGUAACUUUUAAUAAUAUGUAUGUUUUAUUUUUAGAUGAGUUUGGAAUCGCCUAAAAGUAAACAUAUGACUGAAAAUAAAAAAAAAACUCUGAUUGAACUGCUACAAAAUGACGAGCAGUUGCGAAAUGGCAAAUUCACGAACAAUUUUACCUUUGCGGAAUCGAGAAAAAGAUGGAUUCACAUUAGUGACACUUUAAACAGCAUACCAGGUGCAAGAAAAGACUGGUUAUACUGGAAACGAACUUGGCAAGAUUUGAAAAAAAAUGUGAAAAAAAAAUCCAGCGAUUUAAAAAAAUAUACCAUGGGUACUGGUGGCGGGCCUCCUCCUAAGGAUUUGAAUACAAAUGAUGAAAAUGUCCUUCAAUUGAUCGAUUUAAAUUCAUUGGAGGGUAGCUCUUUAAUAGAAGAGUCAGUUGUGUGGGAUGAACAUGACUAUAUCAAUUUGAAUAACCCUGCUACAAGUAGUAGUGUCAGUAUCAUGGAUACAUUUAAACAAAGCAAAAACCUGAAUACUGAGACUACGAAGAAAAGGAAGGCUCCAUCAAAAUUUGAUGAAGCACUGCAAAACAGCAAUCGCAUCUCAGAUAUAUUAGAAAAUAAAAACAAAAAAAAAGACGACUAUUAUGAAAGAAAACUUCAUUUAAUGGAGAGAGAUGUGAUUGCUAAGGAGAGAAUUGCUGCGGCUUUAGAGAAGUUAUCUAAUCCUUAGUUUGUUUCUUUAUUCAUAUAAUGUGUGAUAUUAAUAUUUAGUUUUAAAAACUGUGAUUUUGUUAGGUUUAUUUGUUAGGUUUUUAUUAUUUUAAUUUGGCAUCAAAAAUUGCAGGAAGAGGACAAUAAAACAGCUUUUUUAAAUUGCUGGCGUUUCGAAGAUUUAUUUACCUUCCAAAUAUGGCAGUUAUUUAUACAAAAUAUUACAUAUUGGGUUAAAAGAUGUUUGUAUCCUUAGACAAACAUCUUUUAACCUGAUUCUCUCCACUUUACAGUUUUUUUGCUGUGAUGUCUUUUAUUUUAAUAAUUGACAUUAAUCUUCAAAACUUCUGCAAUUUAUAAAAGCCCCCAUGUUUUAUUACCCUCGUUCCAUAAUUUUUAUUGCCAAUAUAUCAUGUAGGAUGUUAUUUUGUUUUUUAUUUGGUUUUUUUAGAUGAG